AUGAUUGAAGCAGAAAGUUUUGAAAACGAAAAUGGAUUACGCUCAGAUGGUAGACGAGCAAUGGAAUUAAGACACAUUCGUGUCAGAAUGGGUGUUUUUAGUCAAGCUGAUGGAAGUGCUUACAUUGAACAUGGUAACAAUAAAAUUUUUGUUACAGUGUAUGGACCUCACCAGCCAAGAGGUUCUACUGGUAGAAGUACAAGUAAAGGUAUAGUAAAUUGUCAAUAUAGCAUGGCAGUAUUUAGUUUAUCCUCUGGAGAACGUAAACGAAAACCACGAGGUGACAGAAAAUCGCAAGAAAAAUCUCUUCAGUUAAAACAUGCAAUGGAAGCAAUAAUACAUCUAGAAUUAUAUCCACGUUCACAGAUAGAUAUUUAUGUAGAAGUGUUACAAGUUGAUGGAGGGGAAUAUUGUGCAUCUGUAAAUGCAGCUACACUUGCUUUAAUUGAUGCUGGAAUUCCUAUCAAGAAUUAUGCUAUAGGUUGUACUGUAACAUUACUCAACUCUCCAUCUUUACAAGAUGAAGAUAGUACAUUAGGAAGGAUAGUGUUAGAUGCGCAUUAUCUAGAAGAAGGUGCUCAAGGUGUUACUUUAUCUGUUGUUGCAUUACCAAGUAGUGAUGGUACAUUGAAAGAUGGUUUAAUAGUGGUAGCACAAGGAGCUGGACAAAGAUUACAUUUGUCUCAAUUUGAGUCUUUAAAAGCUUGUGUAUUACGUGGAUGUCAAGAUAUAAAGACUAUUUUAGAUCGUGCUGUUAGAGAAUAUUUAACAGAAUAGUCCCUUUCAUGUUGCUUUAAAUUAAGAAUAUUAAUAAAAAGAUUAUAG